AUGAAGUACGACCACAUAGUUGUCGGCGGCGGCACGGCCGGGUGCAUCGUGGCGGCGCGGCUGUCAGAGGAUCCAGAACGUUCGGUGCUUCUGCUGGAAGCCGGCCCCGACUUUCCCGACUUCGCCCAAUUGCCCGAUAUGCUCAAGCUGGGCUGGGGAACGGUGAAUCUGGAGGCCCGCGCCGCCGGUUCGCCCUAUAACUGGUCCUUCACCGGCAAGGCCACGCCGGAGCAGGCACAGCCGAUGCCUGUGCCGCGUGGUAAGGUGCUGGGCGGCUCCAGCGCCAUCAACGGCCAGACUUUCAUCCGCGGCGCUCCCGAGGACUACGACACCUGGGCUUCCUUGGGCAACGAAGGCUGGGAGUACCUGGAAUGCCUGCCCUACUUCCGCAAGCUGGAAAACGACGCCGACUUCCACGACGACUUCCACGGUACCGACGGGCCGGUUCCAGUGCGGCAUCACCCGCGCGAGACUUGGCCGGUGGUGCAGGAAGCCUUUUUCCGGGCCGCCACCGCCGCCGGAUACCCCUACCAUCCCGACGUGAACCACCCGGAGGCCACCGGCGUCAGCCAGCGGGCCGAGAACAACAUCGACGGCGUGCGGAUGAGCAUGGCCUUGGCCUACAUUGACCCGGUGCGCCACCGGCUAAACCUCACCAUCCGACCCAACGUCCAGGCCAACCGCGUGGUCCUGGAAGACGGGCCGGAAGGCAAGCGGGCGGUUGGCGUCGCGGUGGAGAGCGGUGAUGAGAGUUUUGUGGUCGAAGGCGACGAAAUCAUCCUGUGCGCCGGCGCGGUGGCCUCGCCGCACCUGCUGAUGCUGUCGGGCCUCGGUCCCGUCGAACAGUUGGCGGCGCAGGGCAUCCCGGUAGCGGUGGAACUGCCCGGCGUGGGCCAGAACAUGCGCGAUCACCCCAAUGUUUCGGUGCGUUUCAGCGUCAGGGAAGGCACAUCCGAAGACCCCGACGCCAUGCGGGCGUUGCGCCUGCGCUACACUGCGACCGGUUCGUCCACGCCUCACGAUAUGAUAAUUUCGCCCGCGUCGCUCAACACAGUGGUGCGGGCCGGCGAAAACCCCACCCACACCGUCAACUGCGGCCUGUACCUGGCGGCGGGACACGGCGAGCUGCGGCUGGAGUCCGCCGAUCCCCAUACCGCGCCCAGCAUGGACUACCGCUACCUGGAAGAGGACUGGGACCGGGAACGUUUGCGGGAGAGCGCCCGCCUCUGCGUGUCGCUAUUGCAACACAGCGCCUACGGCGGCAUCAUCGAAGAGAUAACCGCUCCGACGCCCGCCGACCUGGAGACCAACGAGGCGCUGGACGGCUGGCUGCGCCGCAACAUCAGCACCUCAUACCACAUCUCCGGCACCUGCAAGAUGGGACCCGACAACGACCCAAUGGCCGUUGUGGACCCGCAGCUGCGUGUGCGCGGCGUUUCCGGCCUCCGCAUUGCCGACGCCUCUAUAAUGCCCGACGUAGUGCGCGCCAACACCAACGUCACCACGAUGAUGAUUGCCGAGCGCGUCUCCGACUUCAUCAAGGCUGGGAAUUAA